CUAUUCUAUACACUCUCAUCAAUAGCAAAAGGGCAAAACAUCCAAAGCUCUUGCUUUUCUUCUUUUUUAUCCUCAAUUUUUGAAACCGUAGUUCUGGAUAAAGUAGCGACCUACUCUUCUUGCUCUGUCACUGUUGCUAUAAAAAAGGGGGUCUUGGCUCCAGUCUUCGAUACAAUCACGGAGUAGCAACCACAUCUGGCUUUGCCUCCAAUCAGCUCAGUAGUGCAAAAUGCAUACGAGGUAUAUGGAGAGAACAAAUUCGAUGAAAGCGGGAGGAAAGAGGAGUUUGGAAGAUGGUGGGGGAGAUGAAGAUCAGCAGAAGCCAGAUAAAAAGCGACCUGCUUUAGCUAGUGUUAUUGUGGAGGCUCUUAGGGUGGAUAGCCUCCAGAAGCUCUGCUCGUCUCUGGAACCGAUUCUUCGAAGAGUGGUCAGUGAAGAAGUUGAAAGAGCUUUGGCUAAGCUGGGUCCAGCCCAAAUCAAUGGAAGGUUGCCAACUAAACAAAUCGAAUGCUCAGAUAGAAGAAACUUGCAGUUACACUUCAGGUCUAGGCUUUCUCUUCCACUUUUCACUGGAGGGAAAGUAGAAGGGGAGCAGGGUGCUGCAAUUCAUAUUGUACUAAUAGAUGCCGACACAGGGCGUGUUGUACCAUCUGGACCAGAAUCUUCUGCAAAGCUGGAUAUUUUUGUGCUGGAAGGUGAUUUCAACAAUGAAGAUGAUGAAGGCUGGAGUCAGGAAGAAUUUGAAAGCCAUAUUGUGAAAGAACGUGAAGGAAAAAGACCUCUUUUGACUGGGGAUUUACAAGUCACACUUAAGGAAGGUGUGGGAACACUAGGUGAUCUCACAUUUACAGAUAAUUCCAGCUGGAUAAGGAGCAGGAAGUUCAGACUUGGUCUGAAAGUUGCAUCAGGUUAUAGUCAGGAUCUACGCAUCCGGGAAGCGAAAACAGAAGCUUUUACCGUCAAAGAUCACCGAGGGGAAUUGUACAAGAAGCAUUACCCACCUGCAUUGAAUGAUGAAGUAUGGAGAUUGGAGAAAAUCGGGAAGGAUGGAUCAUUCCACAAGAGGCUUACUAAAGCCAACAUAUAUACUGUGGAAGACUUCCUGCGGCUUGUAGUCAAAGACUCGCAGAAGUUGCGGACAAUUCUUGGUAGUGGCAUGUCAAAUAAAAUGUGGGAUGCUCUCAUAGAGCACGCCAAGACUUGUGCCCUGGGUGGGAAGCUUUAUGUGUACUACCCCGAUGAUACAAGAAACGUAGGUGUUGUUUUUAACAAUAUCUAUGCGCUGAGUGGCCUCAUUGCUAAUGAGCAAUAUUAUCCCGCAGAUUCACUUACUGAUGGCCAGAAGGUUUAUGUGGAUACUUGGUUGAAGAAAGCAUAUGACAACUGGAGUCAAGUUUUAGAGUAUGAUGGAAAAUCAUUGUUAAAUUUUAUGCAGACUGAGAAGCCAAACACAUCCAAAAUCGAAUUACCUCUGGGUUCAGCUGACUAUUCUCUAUCUUUAGAUAACCAACUUCCUCCACAGAAAUUGUUGGCAACUGUUCCCUCUGAAUCUACAUCGAUAGAUCAUAGUGUGAUGGUUGGAGGGUACAACGAGAAUGUGAGCACCAGAUAUUCCUCCCAGGCCCCAUUUGAACUGCCCGCUUAUACCCCACACCAGCCGCAGGUCAACCAUUCCCAAAACCAAAAUGCCACAUACGAUAACAGAGUUAACCUUGCUCUUGGUCCUUUGACUCCUUUCGAGGACUGGUCUAGUUCCCGAAGUAAGGGCGUUGAUGACUUCUUGUCAGAGGAUGAAAUUCGUAUGAGAAGUCAUGAAAUGCUGGAAAACGAAGAUAUGCAACACUUGCUUCAGCUUUUCAGCAUGGGAGGCCACCCCUCCGGCAGUGCUCCUGAAGACGGGUUUAGCUUCCCUACUUAUAACAUGCAGUCACCUUCUCCUGGGUUCAGUUAUGGAGAGGAUGGAGCCCGUUCCGGGAAGGCUGUUGCUGGCUGGCUGAAGAUCAAGGCUGCAAUGAGGUGGGGCAUCUUUAUCAGGAAGAAAGCAGCAGAGAGGAGGGCACGCAUCGUGGAGUUAGAUGAUGAAUGACUCUCCUUCAGAAGAUUCGAGUUAACUUUCAAACCAGACGACUUCUGACAACUGCUACUCGUUGUUAAUGCCAGUAGGAUUCGUGGAAUUUCGCUCGAGUGUAUUGAAUUAUAAAUCCUCAGAACUUUGAAGACAGUUUGUUGAUUUUAUGUACAGUCAUCUGUACAGUAAGUUUAUUGUUGCUUACACUUGUAUGUAUGUUGAACAUGUACUGUAUAAUUGGUCAUGAAAUUCAUUUACUUUGAAUUCGAUAUA